AUGGCUUCCUUAAAACCGAGGCAUUGUAAUGGUAAAAUUUUAUUGAACCAACUGACGAAGGAAUUGUUUUUGAAUAACAUUGUCGAAUCCAGAGAAGCCCAAGGAGAACCGAUCGAUUUUGAUUUCAUAAAAGCGAGGUGUAAAAUCCUUUCGAAAAAUGACCGUAUCAAGGAAAACUCCAAAGGAAUUUUGUACUGGAUGUACAGGGAUUGCCGAGUACAGGACAACUGGGCUAUGAUAUUCGCCCAUCGAAUGGCUACUAAACAAAAACUACCAUUAUUUGUUUGUUACAGUAUUAAAAACGCCCAAAAUCAAUAUCCCACCGAGAGACAUUUCACAUUUUUAAUCGAAGGCCUCAAAAUCGUCCAGAAAGAAUGCAAAAAACUAAAUAUAGCCUUUCAUCUGCUAAACUCAUCUCCUAAGGACCUAGCUACAUUAAUAGCAACCAAUAACAUCGGUGGAGUAGUCUGCGAUUUCAGUCCUCUAAAACACCCCAGGAAACUCCAGGAAACACUCUUGGAAAAUCUACCCGACGAUGUACCUCUCGUUCAAGUGGAUGCCCACAACAUCGUACCCGUCUGGGUAGCUUCCGACAAACAGGAAGGCAUGGCGAAAUUUCUAAGACCGAAAAUAAACAAACACCUGGACGAAUUCCUGACCGGCUUUCCCGUAAUACCCCCACAUCGGUACACCGGUAAACUGGACACUACCAAUGAAAUCGAUCUCAGCGAUGCUUUGAAAUACUUCAAACCAAAAUACGAGGUUCCUUAUGUACAAUGGGGCGAGGGUCCGGGUUUCGAAGGAGCCCUCAGUAUGCUACACCAUUUUAUCAUCAACAAUCUAGAGUACUACGGAAUCAGUAGCAACGAUCCAGCUAAAGACAACACUUCGAAAUUAUCCCCAUGGUUAAAUUUCGGCCACAUCAGCGCCCAACGAUGCGCCUUAGAAGUCAAAAGCCUCGGCUCGUUACACAAACAACAGUGCGACAAAUACUUGGAGGAGCUCAUCGUACGAAGGGAAUUAUCCGACAAUUACUGCUAUUACAACAGCGAUUACGAUAACAUCAAUGGAGCCGCGAAAUGGGCCAAGGAGACGUUGGAAUUGCACUCAAAGGACAAACGAACGUGGGUGUACAGUAAGGAACAGCUCGAACGAGCCAACACUCACGACGAAAUGUGGAAUUGCGCCCAAUUACAAGCCCAACGAAUCGGUAAAAUCCACGGUUAUAUGCGGAUGUAUUGGUGCAAGAAGGUCCUCGAGUGGACGAAAUCGCCCGAUGAGGCCAUCGAGUACGCCUUGUGGCUGAACGAUACGUUUUGCUUAGACGGAACAGACCCCAACGGAUACGUCGGCGUGAUGUGGUCGAUAUGCGGCGUUCACGAUCAGGGAUGGAAAGAACGCGAAAUAUUCGGGAAAAUCCGCUACAUGGUCGAUUAUAGUUUGAGAAGGAAAUUCGAUAUGGACGAUUAUUGCGCUAGUUUUAACCGAAAAAUCGCCGUAUCGGGGAAACCCAAAGCUCGAGGGGGUAGAGCUUCUUUAGCGAAGAGAUCCAUCCAUUUCCUGUACCGUCCAUGCUUGAUGUCCGUUUGUACGGUUAAUUCCUCGUCUAUAUUCAAAUAUUGA